AUGCACUCCGACGACGAGCACCACGAGUGGAAUGCCGAUGUCCCAAGCCAUGACUCCUUCGAGGAGCGCCUGGAUCACGCAUAUGACGACCUAGACGAGGCGAUGGAGACGCACAAAGAGAUGACGGACAAGGAGGAAAGCCUGUGGGACGACUGGAGGGAGCUCGUCAGCAACAGCUGCCAGGCUGAAGGUUUGUUCGACCCUUCUCACGCCGAUCCCGGUAUCUGCGAGGACCUGCACAAGCUGGCGGACGCCUAUCGCGGCAAAGAUGGCGCUUCACUGGAACGACCGCCCAACCCCGUCAACAAAGCCUCGCCGCACUUAACCGCCUUCCUCUGCAAGAGUCCCACAACAGUGUCCAACCUACUCAUAGCGAUCAACCGCUUCUGCCACGACAACCUCGAGACGACCGACCACACUGGCCGACAUAAGCUGAUCCAGUGGGUGGAGGGCAUCGAGGCCUUCUGCGGCGUCAAGGCAAGUGAUCGGUUCAGUACGCACGACUGCUGGCACAACGCAAGCGCCAAGGAGCGCGAGGGCGUCAUCAAAUUCUUGUGGGGGACGCUGCAACUACUGGAGCUUGAUGGCUGCAGCCCGGGUCACCUCCCUGACUGGAAGCGGAACCGUUCCUUCAAUUUCAUUGGCGACACCCAUGACCUGCUCGGCGCAACGCAGGCCUUGUUCUUCCCGCGCACGGUCGCGCUCUCCGCCUCGUGA